CCUUUGAUGAGAGACCAGCUAGAACAUUCACAGGUGCUGGAGAAAGGGGAGAGUCAGGGAAUGAAGUUGGACCCACGAGCAGCUUUUCUCUACAGACACUCUUUGUUUUCUCUUCUCCUUCUCAUCAACUGCUUGUUUUCAUUUCUUUUCGACACCUGACCUCCAAUUUCCUGCCGCAUAAAUUGCUUUCUUUCAACUGCCCAAGGCACCAUGGAUCCUGCAACCGCCACCGAUAUCUCCCCAUCUUCCUCCUACCUCACCUCCACCACGCGGCCAAUCAGUGAAAUGACCUCAAAUUCAACCGAUCAAGUCUCAGAAUUCCUAUCAUGUCUUCCAGAAGAAACCCCAAAGGUCAUUGCCUCAACCCUUAGAGCUGUCAAUUCCGCCUUGCAACAGAAUCUCGAUGCAGAUGGCAACCCAAGAUCAGAAUAUGUUGUUGUCUCAUACGUCGGCCCACAGGUGGUGGAACAGCUUGUCAACAACCGAGGCGUGAACAUGAGGAUGUUUUAUGAUGAAGAAUUAAGAACUCUUAUUGUCAAACUCCCCAUGCGACCUCACGAAAUUCUCAUACAACGAUUUAAUUACAUGUUCUUGCGGGAGUCUGAGCGACAGGGUGACGAGGAAUCUAUCGACGCCACUGGAAGCGAGACAGUAGAGGAAUCUCCAUAUGCUAAGGAAGGAGACUCAGGGUUCCUGCCGCGGCGGUUUAUCCCCGGCAGGGAUCCCAAAUGGCCUACGGUGGUUCUCGAAGUCGGUCUGUCCCAAGGGUUGGAGGAGCUCCGGCGUUGUGCAAGAUGGUGGCUGGGUACAUCAAAUGGACUCGUCAAGGUCGUUAUCAUCGCUUCCAUCCACCGUACUCAGCCCCAGAUAAUCUUCGAGAAGUGGAAACUGCAACCUGUUCAGCCGAAUCACCCAUAUGGUCUCCGAAUCCUGGGCCCCGGAACGCCGGCGAAAAUCCAAGAAAUCACGAUAUUUCGCAGAAACAAUACGACUGUGACCACAGGUGCGCCUCUAGUGGUUCAAUUCGAGCAUAUAUUCCUCACACCACCCUCUGGUACUCAGCAAGACUACAUUUUUACUGCAAAGCAGCUAGAGGGAAUUGCUGAACGAGUCUGGGAGAAGCAGCGCUUCGUUCCGAUGCCGAUUUGAUAUUUCUACUUUGAGUGCCUUUCGUCUUUUUAUUUUUUAUUUUAUUUUUCUUUCACGAUUCUACACGAAUUCAAGUAACAUGAGCCACUUUGCUUUUAAUUUUGAAGAGUAGCUUGGGAUUUGAAGGAUACUCUCUAGAACCAAGAACUUUCUGCCUGA